AUGGAAGAACUACACGUUGUUAACAAUAACCGGCAUAACACGGUGAUGAUUGCUGAACCUGGUUUUACUGAUUUAGGUAAUAUCGAAGAAGAUGACAAUGUUAUUGUUUUGAUGGAGAUGAUGGGAGAUGCUGAGAAAAAUGUUGAAAAUUAUGUUGAAGGUACUGUUGAAAGAGAUUGCGAAGAUGAUGUUGUUUUCACUGGAAUUGUGAGAAAAAAUGUGACAAGAAAUCAUCUUCAUCAUCAUGAAUCUGAGGAAGACAGUAAAAUGGAAGAUGAAUGUGCUGUGGAAGGUUCGGAAGAAACCACAUUGAUGACUGAAAAUGAAGGAAACAUUGAUGUUGAAAAAGAAGACGAUGAUGAUGGAAAAAUAGCAAAGUGUUCACUUGUACUUAUGGAUCUGGAAACAAACAGCUUGGAAAAGUUCUCACAAGGUAAAGGCAACUUGAAAGUUCAGUACUGUUGA